GGAUGUGGAUAGGGAGAUACGAAUAUGGAAACAUAGUGAAUUAUCACUUCUCCAUGGUACCCCUAGUUAAUAGAGAUGGACAUGAAAAAUGACGAUUCUGAUAUAUCUGAAUGGAACGAUUCUAAGCUAUAAAAUCGAUUUAUUGUUUUAGUAUUAUCUCACAACACUUGGGCACGUCCAGUUUUCAGGAAAACUGUUUCCCUCGGGGAACCAUAAAUUUGCUAUUUCCCACUUACCUAUUCCCUAAUUAUAUAAUAUCAAAUGUUCAAAAGUUAUUCUUAAGAAUACGUUUGGCUAAGGUCUGCUCUGUUAAUUAAAGGUUUGCGUAUUAUUGAUUUCAAAACCCUUGAAAGGCUUUAUAAAAAUAUCACUUUAUCAAGUCUGGUAACUUGAAGUCAACUCCCUUUUAAAAAUCUAUAAUUCAUUAUAGAAUAUUUUAUUUAACUAUAGUUUUUUCUUUGAUUGUUUGAAUUACUUUGAAUGGUUACUUAAGAAGUUUUAAAACUAUUAGAGGCUCAAUAUUUCUCAUGAUUCAUAAUAAAUGUUGGAAGUCCAUUAUAUUUAGCAUGAACAUAAGAGUAAUAUUUUCUUUUACAAUACGAAAAAUUGCUUGUAUGCAAUCAAAAUAAGAAAUAAAAUUUAAAUAAAAAAAAUACAUUGAUGAAUUAUGAUAAAAAAACUUUGAUUAACUAAAUUAAAACCCAUUGUCUUGUACAAAAGUAAUAUUAUUUUUAUGAAGCUAUUGGUCACUUUUGUAUUUUUUUCAGAUAUGGACAUGGAAAGUGAUUAUUCCGAUAUACCUGAAUGGGAAAAAUCUGAGCUUUCCGAUUCAGAUGAGAUGGACAUGAAAAGUGACGAUUCCGAUAUUCCUGAAUGGAACGAUUCUGAGCUAUCCGAUUCAGAUGAAAUGGACAUGGAAACUGACAAUUCCGAUAUUCCUGAAUGGAACGAUUCUGAGCUAUCCAAUUCAGAUGGGAUGGAUAUCGGCAGUGAUGACAGUUAUGAUUCAGGAAUACACGAACCUAAUGAUUUUCAUCUGCCUUUUUCUAACUUCACCACGGCAUCUCCAGUUUACAGAAAUAAGUUUGUCGCUAAUGGAAUUAACCGUGAUGGAAGUGUCACUGAUGAAGAUGUUCAGGAGAAUGCUGGUCAAGCUGUCCAAGAAAAUAAAGAAACCCAAGAAGGCAUUGAUAGAAAGGAUCUCCCAAUAGGAGUACCUGCCAGAGGCAUGGAUAACUGCAAUCACAAUGACCCAACAGAACAAGAAACCCUUGGUCUUCAAGGAAAUGCGAUCAUACCAAUUCAGAAAGGAAGAAAUCAACAAGCGUACAGUGCUUCACUUGUUUCAUAUGCUGGAUGUCAACAGGAGAAUAUUAUUCAAGCGGUUCAAGAGACUGGAGCUGAUGAAGAAACUAAGGAGAAUGAUGGUCAAACAAUCCAAGAGAGUGGAGGAGUACCUGCCAGAGUCAUGGAUAACUGCAAUCACAAUGACCCAACAGAACAAGAAACACUAGGUCUUCAAGGAAAUGCGAUCAUACCAAUUCUGAAAGGAAGAAAUCAACAAGCGUACAGUGUUUCACCUGUUCCAUAUGCUGGAUGUCAACAGGAGAAUAUCAUUCAAGCUGUUCAAGAGACUGGCGUCACUGAUGAAGAAAGCCAGGAGAACGUUGGUAAAGCUUUCCAAAUAGAGUGGAGCAAAUGAUGAAGAAACCCAGGAGAAUAUUGUUAAAGCUAUCCAAGAGAGUGGAGAAGUACUGGGGCAGGGGUAUUCCGAUGUUGAUAAUGAUGAAAGCGAUGAUGCUUCCGAUGGGAAUGCUUCUUCAGAUGCCGAUUCUUGGUCAAGGAUACUGUUCUAUUAAGACACAAGUCUUAAUAGCAAUCAAGAGAUGAACGAAAAAAAAACUUUUGCUAUCGGCCCAGGCCAAAACAUUUAUUAAUUUGUCAUAUGUACUAGGAACACGUGCUUUUGUUUAUUAUGUGCUAAUAAAAGCGACAGUAGCUAUUGGUCAGUAUUUAAAGGCCGAUACCUGUAGAACAGGUGAACAGGUAUUCAAUUGGAUCACGCUUUUAACUCAUUCGAAGGUUUUGCUUUGCGACAUUCACACUCACCCACCCACCCUCUUAAUUCACCCUCUUGUAUUUUGUUUUGAAAAAAAAGUUUAUUUAAACGAUUGAUCAAAUUGCUUUAAUCACUAGAAAAUAAAUGUUUUGUACACAACGGAUUAAUUGUCAAAGAUGGGAAACAAUUUGCUAAGUCGCUCUAGAUAAAUAAAUUUUAUGUAAAAUUUUAUAUAAAUGUAAGAUUGUGUAUUGGUACCUAUUAGCUACAUAUAGUCACAAUGUGUUUACAGACAAUUCUAACUUACAUUUAUUUUGCAUAGGUUUUACUUAAACUAGUCGAUUAAUUGUACAUUAUAAUUUAGGACACUUGCGUAAGUUUGUGAGAAUGAGUCCGCCAUUCAUUUUGUUUACCUCGUAAUUGCUGCGGACUUACAGGUUUCCAUAGUUUUUUCAACAUAAAUCGAUGUUGUUUUUUAUCUAUGGUUUUUCCUGGGCGGCGAGGGAAGCAUAAUUAUAUUCAUACAUGUUUUAUUUUAUGUUUUUAAUCAGUGAAGUGAGGAAAUAUAAAAGCAUUGUGUUAAAAUGCAUUUUGUACUGUGAUGUGUGAUUAAUUAUUUUUUGAUAUAUUGUAGAAGGAAGGUAGAGAAUCGGUACCAUUGAAGACUUGUGUUUUGUAAAUGGAUACGUCUAAUAAAUACUGGCAAGCAAGCGCUUCUAUUCCUAUAUAGACAAGUGUUCUUGUUUUGAUUGUAAAUAAUUUAUGUUUGUUUGAGUGAAACGCAUUAGAACAUAAAUGCUGUUUAAUAAAUACUGCAUGCUUCAUAAAUUUUGCUACAGUAUCUUACUUCUUAAUUCUGCUUAAUUGUACUUUACUGACAAAACAAAACAUCUUUCAACAAGUGUUAAUAACCAUGAUUUUAUGUUUCUUUCUGGAUUGUAAACCUGUGACUCUCAAUAUGUAACUCUUCUUUACUUACAACUGUUUUGUACUUAUAAGUAGAAUUUCUUCAUAAAUAGAGAACAUGCAGAACAAAAGUCUUUUUCAUUAAUAAUUGUU